GCCUUCUUUAUCACAAUGCAGCUCACUACAGAGGAGAAAAUAGAGCUUGGACUCAAGGAACAGGGAUCUGUUAAUCCUGCCUUUGGGGGCAAAGACAGUGAUGAACAGCCACAGCUGACGGUGGACAUUGGGGAGCCACACACAGAGGCCCCAGAGGAAACUGUGGACAAAGGUGUGGAUCUGGUUUAUUCCCUAAAUGACAGGCCACCAUGGUACCUCUGCAUUCUGCUCGGCUUCCAGCAUUACAUCCUCGCUUUUGGCGGCAUCAUUGCAAUCCCACUCAUCCUGGCCGAGCCCCUCUGCAUAAAGGACAACAACACUGCCAAAAGCCAGCUCAUCUCCACCAUAUUCUUUGUGUCAGGAUUAUGUACACUGCUGCAGACUGCUGUCGGUACCAGGUUACCGAUUCUCCAGGGUGGGACCUUCAGCUUCAUCACUCCGACCCUUGCCAUUCUUGCUCUGCCCAAGUGGCAGUGUCCGGCCUCUAAAGCACCUGUGAUGAUGUCCAUGCAGCUGCAGAACAGCAGCAGUCCUCUACAAAUGGAAAAUUCUGAUGAGGUCUGGAUGUCUCGAAUGCGUGAGAUCCAAGGAGCCAUACUAGUGUCCUCUCUGCUCCAGCUCAUCCUGGGCUUUUCGGGGCUGGUGGGCCUUGUGCUCAAAUAUAUCGGCCCUCUGGCCAUCGCUCCUACCAUCAACCUCAUCGGCCUGUCACUGUUCAUUGAGGCUGGGAAGAAGUCUGGAGGUCACUGGGGAAUAGCAGCUCUCACGGUCUGUCUCAUCCUCCUGUUCUCCCAGUAUCUCAGCAAAGUCAAUGUUCCCAUGAUUGCUUACAAAGACAAGAAGUGGAAGGUUUUCCAGUAUCCGCUCUUCAAGCUCUUCUCUGCUCUGUUCGGGAUGUGUGGCGGCUGGCUGGUCUGCUUCUUACUGACCAUCUUUGACGUCCUGCCUUCAAAGUCAGAUGAGUACGGCUUCUCAGCCAGGACUGACAUCAGCCUGGAUGCUGUUACAAACUCUCCGUGGUUCCAUGUGCCUUACCCUGGUCAGUGGGGUGUGCCCACAGUGAGUGUGUCCUCAGUGAUGGGUAUGAUGGCAGGCGUCUUGGCAUCUACCAUGGAAUCAAUUGGUGACUACUACGCUUGUGCUCGGUUGUCCGGUGCUCCUCCACCACCGACUCAUGCCAUUAAUCGUGGUAUUGCUGUAGAGGGCAUCGGCUGCAUCCUGGCCGCACUGUGGGGAACUGGAAACGGAACCACCUCCUAUAGCCAGAACAUCGCUGCACUUGGAAUUACCAAGGUUGGAAGCAGACUGGUCCUUCAAACGACUGGCAUUCUAAUGAUCAUCCUGGGAAUCUUUGGGAAGUUUGGAGCAGUUUUUAUCACCAUCCCAGACCCAGUCAUUGGAGGCAUGUUCCUCGUCAUGUUUGGAAUGAUCGCAGCAGUGGGGAUAUCCAAUCUUCAAUAUGUGGACCUGAACUCAUCCCGUAACCUCCUCAUUCUCGGCUUCUCUACCUUCAGUGGUCUUGUCUUACCAACCUGGUUUCACUCCAAUUCUGGGAUCAUUGACACAGGAAUAAAAGAGCUGGACCAGGUAAUUGUAGUGCUCUUCACCACACAUAUGUUCAUCGGAGGAUUCUUUGGGUUUGUCCUGGAUAACACCAUUCCAGGUACUGAUAAGGAGCGGGGCAUCAGGAACUGGCAGGACAAGGUGCAAGUGGAAAGCACAAAAAUGUGUGAUCAGUCAUGCUAUGAUAUCCCCUUCUGCAACGGUAUUUUGAAACGCUUCAGAUGUUUCCAGUACCUGCCCUUCCUACCCUCUUACAAGACCACCCAGCAGGUGAUAUCCAAGUAA